AUGAUCGUUAAGCUCCUGAAUUAUCACCACUUGCACCACCUUAUUCCAGGCUCAACACAAAACUCAAAAGCAGAUGUCACUGCGAAGACGAGGAAGGAGAAAGUUCUCAACCCUGAUAGUUCUAACAAGGAAGAUCUGAGCUUAAGCAAGUUCGCGAACCUUCGCUGUGAUGAUGAUCCGGAGCUGAGCAUGUUGAGAAGCAUAGCGGGUGAUAGCUUGCGUAGUUGGGAUGCUACUCCUAGCAGGCUUGCUCGUCUCCGUGAGCAUGAGUACGAGGAUCAGUCCGACAACGAACAAACGACUGAAAGCGUAUGGAAGGGCUACAGUGAUGUUAAUAGCGACGUUUGGAAGUACCUGCAGAUCGUGUCAGAUGUCAUAAAUAACCCAAACAGCAGAACAGAUUUCCAAACAUCAAUGAACAUAGCCCUUAUAUUGCUUGCUAUACUCGAUCCUUUAUUAUCUGAACCACCGAGAAGCGGUUGUACUCCAUUGGAAAGCUCCAUAGUAGAUAAACUUCUUACACUUGAAAUAUCAAGCGUUUGCUUCUACGAUCUGUGGAUUGCAGCAUACAAUCUGUACUAUAUUACAAAAGUUAUUGACUCGGAUCCAGCAAGUUCGUAA